CGCUAGGACAGACACGAUACACUCAGUGAUACGCUGAAUGCACAGUAUAUUAGCAUCUAUAACCCCCUGAAUAAUCGAUUUCGGCUCUCAUUUCUAUACGCAGCUAACCUCCUGCUCCAAGCAUGACUGCGAAACACAGAAAUAAGAAUGCAAGUGACAAGAAUUCCACUUCUAUUCAAGAUGACGUGGCGAAGAAAAUCACGAAGGCCAGCAAAAGCACCGACUCUACUGCAUCGGGGUCAGGGACCUGGACAAAGGCUUUGGCCGCGCUCAGUUACAUUGCACUGGUAGCCGCAGCCGGGUUCGCUGCCUUUUAUCUUCAAAAAGUGGUAGAAGAAGUUGGCCAGAUAAGUAGCAGGACAGAAGCAACCAUCCAGAAAAACGCGGAGCUGACAAAGAAAAUGGAGAGCGCCCUGCAACAGGUUGACUCCUUGAAGCAAACGGUGGACGGGUUCGACUCGACCCUGGGCAGGAUGCAGACGGAGCUGGACAGCGCCGGGUGGGCGCUGCGGAAGGGCGAGGCGGAGACGCGGCGGGUGGAGGAGGCGCUGCAGAAGCUGCAGAACGAGCUCCUGCAGGACCUCUCGGAGGGGAUCCGGGAGCUGAAGGAGGCCCGCGAUCAGGACUCCUCGUCGCUGGAGCGCAUGGUGGAGGAGCGGCUGACGGAGCUGACCCGCUCCAUCGGCGACAGCGUGGCCGAGUUCGCCGGGGCGCAGAGUGAGACGCAGACCCAGCUCAGAGACCUGAAGGCCAGGCUGGACGGCGUGGAGAGCCCCGCCUCGCUGAAGCGCGAGCUCCUGGCCGUCGUCGAGACCGUCGGGGAGCUCCAGGCCGCCGGUCAGGCGUCCGAGCAGACGGCCGAGGCCCUGAGGAAGCAGAUAGCCGCCGUGGGGGCGGAGCUCCAGACCAGGAACGAGGAAGUGGCGUCCACAAUGCAGGAGAUUGACUCGGUGAGGGAGCUGGUGCAGAGCACAGCCGGUGUGCUGAGGGAGUCCGUGUCUGCAGCCGAGGUCUCCGUCAAGCUCCUCAAUGACCAGGCCCAGAGCCUGCAGUCUGGGCAGGACAUGGCGGCGGGCAGCAUCCAGGGCCUGGAGCAGGGCCUGCGGGGGGCGGUGGCGCAGGCCGAGAAGACCGGCGAGGAGGUGGAGGCCCGGCUGAAGGCCCUGGAGCAGAGCGCCGAUGCCUCGGCGGCCGCCACCGUGGCACAGACGGAGAGGGCGGAGGCCAUCCUGGCCAAGCAUGACGCUCACGAGAGCGCGCUCACCACGCUGGCGAGGGACGUGCAGGGCGUCCGAGCGGCCGGCGAGGCGGAGGCCGCCCGGCUCCAGGCCGCCCUGACGGAGGCGCAGCAGGCCCUGGCGGGCCAGGUGGAGGCGCUGCAGGGCGACCUGGGGGAGCUCCAGAGCAAGGUGGCCGCUCUGGGCGGCCGGCAGACGGAGCUGUCCUCGCGGGGCUCCGGCCUGGGCCAGCAGCUGGAGGGCCUGGGGAAGAGGCUGAAGGCCCUGGAGGAGGAGACGGCCAAGGCCCCAGCGCUGGACACUCUGAAGGCCUCGGUCAGCCAGGCCCAGAAAGACGUGCAGCAGCUCAGGAACACGAUGGACAGCUUGACAGCCUACUCUAAGAAGGUGGAGGGCCACGAGGUGGCCAUCACCUCACUGAAGAGUUCACUGGAGGAGACCAAAGCUUCUGUGAGCACGCUCUCCAAACAGAAAGCACCCGGCAAGGUCUGAUGAGUGCUUGGGGGGGGUCUAACAAAGGGAGGAGGAAAUGCUAGCUUUAGGGAGGGGAGGGGUGGACUACUGCUCUCAGACCUAAGCUACACACUCAGACUGCACUGUAGUUUUUGUUCCAUUACAAUGUUUUCAGGGUCUUCACCAAUCCCAGCUGCAACUGAAUCAUUUUACAGAUGUUAUGAUUUUGCUGAUUGUGGUCGUUUUCUAAAAUAAAUGUUCUUUUGCCAUA